AUGCUCGGCCCUCAGGCCAUGAUCCUGUUCCUUUGUGUGGGGAUGAUCAGUGCGCAAGAUGUGAUGCAAGACAUGCAGGAUGACUAUAAUAUACUCGAUUGGAACUUUCCCACGGCCGCCGUAAGUACAGUAGAGCUGUCCUGUGGAGUUUGCAUCAAUUUUCUGCUACAAAUGGUGUAGAUUUGAGGGAGUGUUUUGGGUUUUUAGUUCCACAAUGGCAUUUUUACGAAAGUAUUUGAUUAAUCACCCUGUCAUUUCGUGGAGCGGCCGGCCGUUUUCGAUAGUGACCCAUGGCUCUCUUAUCUUCAAAGUGAUCCAUUUUAACAGAUUUAUAUUUAAGGAUAUUAAUUUUCCAGCCAGCUCACCAAUCCCACACGGAUCCCUUUUAUCGAGACAACGCAGUCCUCAAUCCUUACGUAAAUCGUCGUCUCCCAUCCACAUAUAAACCCCCUCCACCACCAUCUUAUCAUCCAGAAUCUCGGACAUCACAUCCAAUAAAUAUUCAGAAUAAUCGAAUAUCCCCAACUACAACACAAUCAGAUGUUGUGGAUUACAGAACAGUUGAAGAUGUGGGGAAAAAAAUCGAAGAGCGUAUUUCAAUCACGGAGGAGCCCGAUGGCCCGGGCGAAUUCGAUAAUUAUAUGGUGCUGGGACCUGACAAUACACUCAAUCCGAAGGAGCCAGAAGUCGCCGAUUACAUAAAUCCGACCAGUAUAAAUGUGGAGAUAACUGAGUGCAAACCGGACAAGAUUGUCAUCAAAGAGUUGUUGGCUGAUUACAAUGCCCACCAGACACCCUCCGAGAUUGGAGUUGAGGUAUUUAUUGAGGUAGGUGCAUUGUCAUUACAUAAAAUGAAUUAUAAAUAGCUGCAGAUUGCUUCCACUAAUAGUCACAAGGGUUUCCCUCUUACUUUCUUAUUACUUCCCAUUUCCCGGACAUAAUCGCCCAUUAACUAAUUGACAAAUAACCUGUUAAGAUUACAAAUCACUCUCAUUUAGGUAUGGAUGCAGGAGAUCAACGCUCUGAACGAAAGAACAGCCGACUUUGACAGUGAGAUCUAUGUGUCGGAGAUUUGGACCGACCACGCACUCAGAUACGACCAUAUGAGACCUUGUCGAACCAACCUCUCGGUCAGUUAUGACAUUCUAGACAAGAUCUGGAAACCGAACACCGUAUUCAUCAACAGUAAAUCAGCGCAUAUCCACAAAAGCCCCUUCCCGAACAUCUUCAUCAUGAUUUAUAGCAAUGGCUCUGUGUGGGUGAACGAGAGGAUCCAGGUGAAGGGGCCUUGUGAUAUGGAGUUCAGCUCGUUCCCAUUGGAUCGACAGACAUGUCAGCUGACCUUGGAGAGCUUCAACUACAAUAAUCAGGAGGUCGAUAUGAAAUGGUUGAGUAUUCGUCCGCCCUUGGUCCUCUUGAAGGAACCCAUUAUCUUGCCGGACUUUGUUCUCAGUAAUUAUUCAACUUAUCUAACAAAAGUAGUAAGUCCGAUUCCAUAUGCAUUAUAUUUUAGGAAUAUCCGGCGGGCAUUUGGAAUGAGCUCACGAUGACAUUCACGUUCGACCGGAGAUUUGGAUGGUACGCCCUCCAGGCAUACUUUCCCACUUAUAUGACCAUCUUUAUUAGUUGGAUCAGCUUCUGUUUAGGAGCAAAGAUGAUUCCAGCGAGAACAAUGUUAGGCGUGAAUAGGUAGGAACGACAAUAUUUUACAUGAAAUUAAAGCUUGCUCGCCUUGACUUUCCAGUUCGGGAAUAUAAUGAGGAACCUUCCGAGGGUCAGUUAUGUAAAAGCUCUGGAUGUGUGGAUGUUGGUGUGCUUGUUCUUUGUAUUCGCUAGUCUGGUGGAGUUAGCCAUUGUCGGAUCGAUGGCGAAUAAUCGAGACAAGGCCCAGAACAAACCUAAAUCGAGGUCACCGAGUCCGAAAUUAACAAUUUCAGAAAAAUCGGAGGAAGUGAGUAAUGCAGUCUCCCAGACAAGUCCGAGACGACAUCAGAUAUAUGCUCAAAUGGCCUUUACCGGUGGGUCAAAUAAAAUAAACUAGACGAUAAAAUCAUCUUUAGACGACCGAGUGGAGCAUUCCUUUCAACCUAGUCAGUCAAGGUGAGACUGUUCACACAUAAUAUUAAACCGUUUUUAGACUGUUAAGUACAAUACUAUCUCCUGUUUUCAGUAAAAACGCAUUCCAAGAGUUUUAUGAAGUUGCCAGUGCUUACUGGAAGAGGAUAAAUAGAAACACAAAUCAUUACGUAGCCAAUCUUACCACGGACCAAAUAGACCAGAUCUCAAUGUUCGUCUUCCCGAGCUUGUUCGCCCUUUUCAAUGUUGUCUACUGGUCUUACUACCUCAAUCAGGAAAAUUAA